AUGGGGCUGCCACUAGCCCUCCUGGUGGCCCUCUGCCUGACUCUGACCUGGGCCGGGGGCUCAGAACUCCGGAGAGCAGGCAGGACCCGGAACCACGGCCAGAGCGUCUGCAGCACGUGGGGCAACUCCCACUACAAGACCUUCGACGGAGACGUCUUCCGCUUCCCCGGGCUGUGCGACUACAACUUCGCCUCUGACUGCCGGGACACCUACCAGGAGUUCGCUGUGCACCUGAAACGGGCCCCCGGCCGCAGUGGGGGCCACCCCCAGGUCGAGUACAUCCUGCUGACCGUCAAGGGUGAUGCCAUCUACCUCACCAGCCAGCUCGCUGUGGUGAACGGCGCCGUGGUCAGCAGCCCGCACUACAGCCCGGGGCUGCUCAUCGAGAAGAAUGACGCCUACACCAAGGUCUAUUCCCGUGCUGGCCUCAUGCUCAUGUGGAACCGGGAGGACUCGGUCAUGCUGGAGCUGGACAGUAAGUUCCGGAACCACACGUGCGGCCUCUGCGGUGACUACAACGGCCUGCAGACCUACUCUGAGUUCCUCUCCGAUGGCGUGCUCUUCAGUCCUGUCGAAUUUGGGAACAUGCAGAAGGUGAACAAGCCUGAGGAGGUGUGCGAGGGCCCCCAGGAGGUGCCGACCCCCGCGUCCUGCUCUGAGCAUCGCGCCGAGUGCGAGAGGCUGCUGACAGACACGGUCUUCGAGGACUGCCGGGACCUGGUGCCGCUGGAGCUGUACGUGCAGGCCUGCGUGCAGGACCGCUGCCAGUGCCCGCAUGGCGCCUCCUGCGUCUGCAGCACCAUCGCCGAGUUCUCCCGCCAGUGCUCGCACGCCGGUGGCAGGCCGCGGAACUGGAGGACCGCCUCGCUCUGCCCUAAGAGCUGCCCCAGGACCAUGGUUUACCUGGAGAGCGGCUCGCCCUGCAUGGACACCUGCUCACACCUGGAGGUCAGCAGCCUGUGUGAGGAACAUCGCAUGGACGGCUGUUUCUGCCCGGAAGGCACUGUGUACGAUGACAUCAAGGGUGACGGCUGCAUCCCUGUGAACCAGUGUCACUGCAAGCUGCAUGGACACCUGUACGCGCCUGGCCAACAGAUCACCAACAACUGCGAGCAGUGUGUUUGCAACGCCGGCCGCUGGGUGUGCCAGGACCUGCAGUGUCCCGGGACAUGUGCCCUGGAGGGCGGUGCCCAUAUCACCACCUUCGACGAGAGGAAGUACACGUUCCACGGGGACUGCUACUACGUGCUGACCAAGGACACCCAUGACUCCUACGCCGUCCUGGGCGAGCUGACCCCCUGUGGCUCCACCGACAAGCAGACCUGCCUGAAGACGGUGGUGCUGCUGGCUGACAACAAGAAGAACGUGGUGGCCUUCAAGUUGGACGGCAGCGUCCUGCUGAAUGAACUUAAGGUGAACCUGCCCCACGUGACGGCGAGCUUCUCCAUCCUUCAACCGUCCUCCUACCACAUCGUCGUGACCACCGCCUUCGGCCUCAGGCUGCAGGUCCAGCUGGUGCCGGUCAUGCAGCUCUUCCUGACGCUGGACCAUGCCGCCCAGGGGCUGGUGCAGGGCCUCUGCGGGAACUUCAACGGCCUUGAAGGUGACGACUUCAGGACGCCCGGUGGGCUGGUGGAGGCCACGGGCGCCGGCUUCGCCAACUCCUGGAAGGCCCAGUCGAGCUGCCGCAACAAGCUGGACUGGCUGGAUGACCCCUGCUCCCUCAGCAUCGAGAGCGCCAACUACGCUGAGCAUUGGUGCUCCCUGCUGAAGAAGACAGAGAGCCCGUUCAGCAAGUGUCACUCUGCCGUGGACCCAGCCGAGUACUACAAGAGGUGCAAAUACGACACGUGCAACUGUCAGAGCACGGAGGACUGCAUGUGCGCGGCCCUGUCCUCCUACGCCCGCGCCUGCACCAUCAAGGGCGUCACGCUGUGGGGCUGGCGGGAGCGCGUCUGCAACAAGGACGUGGGCUCCUGCCCCAGGUCGCAGGUCUUCCUGUACAACCUGACCACCUGCCAGCCGACCUGCCGCUCGCUGUCUGAGCCUGACACCCACUGUGUCAAGGGCUUCGCACCUGUGGACGGCUGCGGCUGCCCCGACCACACCUUCCUGGACGAGAAGGGCCGCUGCGUGGUCCUGGCCAAGUGUUCCUGCUACCACGAUGGCCUCUACCUGGAGGCAGGGAAGACCAUCCUGAGGCAGGAGAAGCGAUGCGUUUGCCAGAACGGGAGGCUGCACUGCCUGCAGGUCAAGCAGCCCUACCAGCGCUGCCCGGCCCCGAAGAUCCAUGUCGACUGCAACAACCGGACGGCGCUGGCCACCCGGAACCCCAGGCCCGUCAGCUGCCAGACGCUGGCUGCCGGCUAUUACCAGAUGGAGUGCAUCAGUGGCUGCGUGUGCCCUGAAGGGCUGAUCGACGAUGGCCGGGGUGGCUGCGUGGUGGAGGAGGCGUGCCCGUGUGUGCACAACAAGGACCUGUACUCCCCCGGGGACAAGAUCAGGGUGGACUGCAACGCCUGCACCUGCCAGAAAGGGCGCUGGGCAUGCACCCAGUCCGUGUGCCACGGCACCUGUGCCAUCUAUGGGAACAGCCACUACAUCACCUUCGAUGGGAAGUACUAUGACUUUGAUGGACGCUGCUCCUACGUGGCCGUUCAGGACUACUGUGGCCAGAACUCCUCACUGGGCUCCUUCAGUGUCAUCACCGAGAAUGUCCCCUGUGGCACCACGGGCGUCACCUGCUCCAAGGCCAUCAAGAUCUUCCUGGGGAGGACGGAGCUAAAGCUGGAGGACAAACACUGCAUGGUGAUACAGCGUGACGUGGGCCACCAUGUGGCCUACACCACGCGGGAAGUGGGCCAGUACCUGGUGGUGGAGGCUAGCGUCGGCAUCCUCGUCAUCUGGGACAAGAGGACCAGCGUCUUCAUCAAGCUCGCCCCCUCCUACAAGGGCACUGUGUGUGGCCUGUGUGGGAACUUUGACCAGCGAUCCAGCAACGACUUCACCACGCGGGACCACAUGGUGGUGGAGAGUGAGCUGGACUUCGGGAACAGCUGGAAGGAGGCCCCGACCUGUCCGGACGUGAGCGCCACCCCCGAGCCGUGCGUCCUGAGGCCGCACCGCCGCUCCUGGGCCGAGAAGCAGUGCAGCAUCAUCAAGGGCCCGGUCUUCGGGGUCUGCCACAGCAAGGUGGACCCCAAGCCCUUCUACGAAGCCUGUGUCCACGACUCGUGCUCCUGCGACACGGGCGGGGACUGUGAGUGUUUCUGCUCUGCUGUGGCCGCCUACGCCCAGGAGUGCACCAAGGAGGGGGCCUGCGUGUUCUGGAGGACGCCCGAGCUGUGCCCCAUAUUCUGUGACUACUACAACCCCCCGAACGAGUGUCAGUGGCACUACGAACCCUGCGGGACCCACAGCUUUGAGACGUGCAGGACGAUCAGCGGCGUUCACUCCAACAUCUCCGUGUCCCACCUGGAGGGCUGCUACCCCCGGUGCCCUAAGGACAGUCCCAUCUACGACGAGGACCUGAAGACGUGUGUCACACGGGACCAAUGCGGCUGCUAUGCCAACGGCACGCACUACGCACCCGGAGAGCCUGUGCCCACGGAGCAGAUCUGCCACUCUUGUAUGUGUAACAACUCCUCGCAAGUUGUCUGCCAGCCAGAAGUAGGGAAGAAUGUCACCUCUAAGGAGGACAGCCCCUUCUGCUACUGGGUGACCUGUGGCCCCAACGGGACGGUGGAGGAGCACUUCGGCAUAUGCGAGCCCACCCCACCACCCUCGUCCCCCUCAACACCUGCCACCACCACCUCUGUCUCCCUCAUCACCCCCUCCACCACCACGAGCACCACUCUGACCGCCAGUACAGUGCCAUCUCCCUCUUCAACAACUCAGAGUAAGUCACCGCUGCGUCUUGCUCGCCUAGGGCUAUGCUGCUCCUGGUCCGACUGGAUCAACGAUGACCAUCCCAGAAUCGGCAGUGAUGGUGGAGACCGAGAGACAUUCAACCAUGUCUGCAGGGCCCCCAAGGAUAUCGAGUGCAGGGUGGCCAUACAGCCGCACCUCAGAUGGGAGGAGCUGGGCCAGGAGGCUCAGUGCAAUGUCUCCUUCGGGUUCAUCUGCAAGAACGAAGACCAGUUUGGAAAAGGACCUUUUGAAGUCUGCUAUGACUACGAGAUACGCGUCUAUUGUUGCCUGGUGACGGAUGAGUGUCCUGGGACUCCAACUCCAACACCCACCACAACCACAACAGAGAUUCCAACUCCACCCACUACAGAGACCGCAACCACAACACCCACCACCACUUCAACUGGGACUCCAACUGCGACCCCCAUCACAACCACAACAGAGAUUCCAACUCCGACCACUACAGAGACCCACAACCACAACAGAGACUCCAAGCACUACAGAGACCCUGACCACAACACCCACCACCACUUCAACUGGGACUGCAACUGCAACUCCCAUCACAACCACAAUAGGGACUCCAACUCCAACCACUAUGACUCCAACUCCAACCACUACGGAGACCGCAACCACAACACCCACCACCACAACAACAGGGACUCCAAUUCCGACCCCCACCACAACUACAAGAGAGACUCCAACUCUGACCACUACAGAGACCCCAACCACAACACUGACCACCACUUCAGCUGGGACUCCAACUCCAACACCCACCACAACCACAACAGAGAUUCCAACUCCACCCACUACAGAGACCGCAACCACAACACCCACCACCACUUCAACUGGGACUCCAACUGCGACCCCCAUCACAACCACAACAGAGAUUCCAACUCCGACCACUACAGAGACCUCAACCACAACACCCACCACCACUUCAACUGGGACUCCAACUGCGACCCCCAUCACAACCACAACAGAGAUUCCAACUCCGACCACUACAGAGACCCCAGCCACAACAUCCAUCACCACUUCAACUGGGAGUCCAACUGCGACCCCCACCACAACCUUAACAGAGACUCCAACUCCGACCACUACAGAGAUCCCACCCACAACACCCACCACCACUUCAACUGGGACUCCAACUCCGACCCCCAGCACAACCACAACAGAGACUCCAACACCUACCACCACUUCAACUGGGACUCCAACUCCGACCCCCACCACAACCACAACAGAGAUUCCAACUCUGACCACUACAGAGACCCCAACCACAACACCGACCAUCACUUCAACUGGGACUCCAACUCCGACUCCCACCACAACCACAACAGAGAUUCCAACCCCGACCACUACAGGGACCCUGACCACAGCACCCACCACUACUUCAACUGGGACUCCAACCACGACCCACAGCACAACCACAACAGAGAUUCCAACUCCGACCACUACGGAGACCGCAACCACAACACCCACCACCACUUCAACUGGGACUCCAACUCCGACCCCCACGACAACCACAACAGAGAUUCCAACCCCGACCACUACAGGGACCCUGACCACAGCACCCACCACUACUUCAACUGGGACUCCAAGCACGACCCACAGCACAACCCCAACAGAGAUUCCAACUCCGAUCACUACAGAGACCGCAACCACAACACCCACCACCACUUCAACUGGGACUCCAACUCCGACACCCAGCACAACUUCAACAGAAAUUCCAACUCCACCCACUACAGAGACCGCAACCACAACACCCACCACCACUUCAACUGGGACUCCAACUGCGACCCCCAUCACAACCACAACAGAGAUUCCAACUCCGACCACUACAGAGACCCCAGCCACAACAUCCAUCACCACUUCAACUGGGACUCCAACUGCGACCCCCACCACAACCUUAACAGAGACUCCAACUCCGACCACUACAGAGAUCCCACACACAACACCCACCACCACUUCAACUGGGACUCCAACUCCGACCCUCAGCACAACCACAACAGAGACUCCAAGCACUACAGAGACCCUAACCACAACACCCACCACCACUUCAAUUGGGACUGCAACUCCAACUCCCACCACAACCACAAUAGGGACUCCAACUCCAACCACUAUGACUCCAACUCCAACCACUACGGAGACCGCAACCACAACACCCACCACCACAACAACAGGGACUCCAACUCCGACCCCCACCACAACUACAAGAGAGACUCCAACUCUGACCACUACAGAGACCCCAACCACAACACUGACCACCACUUCAACUGGGACUCCAACUCCGACUCCCACCACAACCACAACAGAGAUUCCAACCCCGACCACUACAGGGACCCUGACCACAGCACCCACCACUACUUCAACUGGGACUCCAACCACGACGCACAGCACAACCACAACAGAGAUUCCAACUCCGACCACUACGGAGACCGCAACCACAACACCCACCACCACUUCAACUGGGACUCCAACUCCGACCCCCACGACAACCACAACAGAGAUUCCAACCCCAACCAGUAUGGAGACCCCAACCACAACACCCACCACCACUUCAACUGGGACUCCAACUCCGACACCCAGCACAACAUCAACAGAGAUUCCAACUCCACCCACUACAGAGACCGCAAUCACAACACCCACCACCACUUCAACUGGGACUCCAACUCCGACACCCAGCACAACAUCAACAGAGAUUCCAACUCCGAUCACUACAGAGACCCCAACCACAACACCCACCACCACUUCAACUGGGACUCCAACUGUGACCCCCAUCACAACCACAACAGAGAUUCCAACUCCGACCACUACAGAGACCCCAGCCACAACAUCCAUCACCACUUCAACUGGGACUCCAACUGCGACCCCCACCACAACCUUAACAGAGACUCCAACUCCGACCACUACAGAGAUCCCACCCACAACACCCACCACCACUUCGACGGGGACUCCAACUCCGACCCUCAGCACAACCACAACAGAGACUCCAAGCACUACAGAGACCCUAACCACAACACCCACCACCACUUCAACUGGGACUGCAACUCCAACUCCCACCACAACCACAAUAGGGACUCCAACUCCAACCACUACUGCACUUCUCCCUGGGGCUUUGCAGGGCAGCUGACUGUGGGCCCUGACACUCUGCUCAACCCUGAGACUGAGGGCUGGGGAAAUGGAUGUGAGGCCUCCCACGCCAGGCUCGCCAACCUCGGCUUCCACCUCCUCGAAGACCGCUCCCACCCAUGGAACCACGACUGGGCCCCCUUCAUCCACCACAGGCCCCCCUUCCACACCCACACCCACUCCCGCGACUGUGUCAACGACUUCCACGGGAGCUUCCACACCAAUAGGACACUCGUCGACCAUGCCACCCACGCCACAGACCACCAGCACCUUGACCUCCAGUGUGACCACCCCUACGUCACCGCCGGCACUCAGAGGGAAUGCUGCUAUUUAAAUAACACGUACUAUGCCCCAGGUGAGCUGGUGUACAACAGCACACAUGGGGACACCUGCUAUUACGUGAACUGCUCGCUGGACUGCACCCUUGAGAUCUUCAAGUGGUCCUGCCCAUCCACACCCACCACCCAGCCAUCCAUGACAUCCAGUGUGCCGCCCACCACCAAGCCCCCUGCGUGCCUGGACUUCGAUCCUCCCAGACAGGAGAACGAGACCUGGUGGCUGUGUAACUGCACCAUGGCCACCUGCAAGUACAACAACACCGUGGAGCUCGUGGAGGUGAAGUGCGACCCCCCACCCAUGCCCACCUGCUCCAACGGCCUCAUGCCUGUGCGCGUCGAGGACCCCGACAAGUGCUGCUGGCACUGGGAGUGUGACUGCUACUGCACGGGCUGGGGGGACCCGCACUACGUCACCUUCGAUGGGCUCUACUACAGCUACAAGGGCAACUGCACGUACGUGCUGGUGGAGGAGGUCACUCCCACCAUGGACAACUUCGGGGUCUACAUCGACAACCAGCACUGCGACAUCGACAGCCAAGUGUCCUGCCCCCGCACGCUCAUCGUGCGCCAUGAGACCCAGGAGGUGCUGAUCAAGACCGUGCACACGAUGCCCAUGAGGGUGCAGGUGCAGGUCAACAGGCAGGCCGUGGCGAUGCCCUAUAGAAAGUACGGGCUGCAGGUGUACCAGUCAGGCAUCAACUAUGUGGUGGACAUCCCUGAGCUGGGUGCCCUCAUCUCCUAUGACAGCCUUUCCUUCUCCAUCCGGCUGCCCUACCACCGGUUCGGCAACAACACGAAGGGCCAGUGUGGCACGUGCACCAACAGCACCUCGGAUGACUGCAUGCUGCCCGGUGGGGAGGCCGUUGCCAGCUGCGAGGUCGCGGCUGGCCACUGGGUGGUGAACGACCCCUCGGAGCCGCAGUGUCCCCACAGGGGCUUCACCACCGAGCGCCCGGCCGCCUGGCCGUCGGUGGGCAGCAGCACAACCACCGGGACACGCUCUCCGUCUCCGCUCUGCGAGCUCAUCAAGGACAGCUUGUUCGCCCGGUGCCACGCUGUGGCAUCCCCCAGGCACUACUACGAAGGCUGCACAUCCGACAGCUUCGCUGCGCCCGGCUCAGGCCUGGAGUGUGCCAGCCUGCAGACCUACGCCGCCCUCUGUGCCCAGAAGGGCAUCUGCGUCGACUGGCGGAGCCGCACCGGCGGGGCCUGCCCGGUGACGUGCCCGGCGCACCGCGAGUACCGGGCCUGUGGUCCCGUGGAGGAGCCCACCUGCAGGUCCAGCCCCACCCAGGCAAACAGCCCACGCCUGGCGGAAGGCUGCUUCUGUCCCAAGGGCACCACCAGCUACGCGCCCGGCUUCGACGUCUGCGUGGACCUGUGCGGCUGCGUGGGGCCCGACAACGUGCCCAGAGAGUUUGGGGAGCACUUUGAGUUCGACUGCAAGGACUGCAUCUGCCUGGAGGGGGGCAGCGGCAUCAUCUGCAGGCCCAAGACAUGCCACCCCAGGCCCCGCGUGGAGUGCAAGGAGAAAGGCACCUACACUGUCACAGAGGUCGACCCCGCAAACGUCUGCUGCAACAUCACCUCUUGCAAAUGCAACACCAGCCUGUGCAGGGAUAACCCCCCGCCGUGCCCGCUGGGCUUCGAGGUGAAGAGCAAAAUGGUUCCUGGGAGGUGCUGCCCCUUCUACUCGUGUGUACCCAAGGGCGUGUGUGUUCUCCGGAACGCUGAGUACCAGCCCGGUUCUCCAGUCUUCUCCUCCAAGUGCCAGAACUGCACGUGCACCGACCGCAGGGACAACGCCACGCAGCUCAACGUUGUCUCCUGCACCCACGUGCCUUGCAACACCUCCUGCAACCGCGGCUUUGAGCUGGUGGACGUCCCCGGCGAGUGUUGCAAGAAGUGUCAGCAGACCCAGUGCAUCGUCAUCAACCAGCCCGGCAGCCAGAGCGUGGUCCUGAAGCCUGGGGACAUGAAGAGAGACCCCCUGAACAACUGUACCUUCUUCAGCUGCAUGAAGAUACAUGACCAGUUCAUCUCAUCCGUCUCCAGCAUCACCUGCCCCGACUUUGACCCCAGCACCUGUCUCCCGGGCUCCAUCACGCUCAUGCCCAAUGGCUGCUGCAGGAAAUGCCUCCCUCGCAAUGAGACCAGGGUCCCCUGCUCCACUGUCCCGGUCGUCAGGGAAAUUUCGCACAACGGCUGCACCAAGCUGGUCACCAUGAACGACUGUUCCGGGUCCUGCGGGACCUUCGCCAUGUACUCGGCCGAGGCCCAGUCCCUGGACCACAGGUGCUCCUGUUGCAAGGAGCAGCGCACCAGCCAGCGGGAGGUGACGCUGCAGUGCCCGGACGGGCGCGGGCUCAACCACACCUACACCCACAUCGACAGCUGUCUGUGCCAGGACACCAUGUGCGAACUGCCCCCCUGGCGCAGGGCCCGGCGCUCUGGCCUCAGGGACCUGGGCCCGGGGCAGGGGUGAGCGGGGAGCGCUCGGCCACACAGGCCCCGCCUCCACCGUCCAUACACCCCCUCUAUUGACCCUCUGAGCUUCCUCGCCUCCUAAUCUGACCUUCUCUCUGCAGAUAUUUAUUCUCCAAAAGCCUUUGUUUGAUUCUCUGCUUUUCCGAAAUAAACUCAGGCAGACACUG